AUGCCCUUUCCCCGCGUGACGACCGUCCCUCGACUACGGAUUGCCCCUCGCAGUAGUUGUCGCCAUUCGCCUCUCCCCAAGCUCGCAGCCACCUUUUCUACCACCGCCUCCUUUCGCUAUGCCCACCGAGAACCCAAUUACUAUGACAUUCUCGGAGUACCGGUGACAGCAUCGGCCUCGGAGAUCAAGAAACAAUUCUACUCCCUCUCCCUCCGCCACCACCCCGAUCGCAACCGCGACGAUCCCACCGCCUCCGAACGCUUCGCCCGCAUCUCCUCCGCCUACAAUGUGCUCGGCAACCACACGAAACGCGCCACCUACGAUCGCGACCACGGCAUCCUAGCCCAGCACAUGUCCUCCUCGACACACAGCACCGCCCACCCCGGUCAACACCCCAUGGGCAGUCACAGCAGCUACGGCGCCAACCUCCAUAACACGGGCGGAUCGUACGCCGGGUCCCGACCCGCCAGUGGCCUGAGUAAACGUCGCGGUCCCUUCCGUGGCCCGCCGCCGAGUUUCUAUGCGCAUGGGGGCUACGGGAAUCGGAAACCGCCGCCGGGGGCCGGGGCGGGAGCGGGAGCGGGAGCUGGGUUUGGGGCUGGGGCGCCAGGAGGAGGUGGUCGUGUGCAUGAAGACGAUCCCACGUCGUUUAUUGAUCGGAAUCCCGUGUACCAUUUCAAUGCCCGUGGUCACUACCGCACGCAGACGGCGGAGGAUACUCGGCGGCAGCAGCGUCGGUCCCGCGAAAUGGACUCUGCGUUGAAUGAGCAGCAGAUCGGCACCUCGGGGGACUUUGUGAUGCGGUUCAUCAUCGUCUGUGGCAUGCUGGUGGUAUCGGCUGGCGUGGCGGGAAUCACUCGAUCAUCCGGGGACGAAAAGAAGGCACGCAACGCCGCUGCACGUCGGAAAGAUGAGUAG